CUUUUAACCAGUGUUAUGUUCCUUCCAUCCCCCUUUUCAAUAAUGCAGUCUACACUUUUUCUAAUAUUACCCGGAGUGCUCAUGGUCUUACCACAUAUGUGCCUCUGGGUGACGCUACUGGGUAACUUUUGUGUUGCUAAGCCGGGCUCUGUGCGGGCCGGGUGAGCUGCCUGCUCGGUGAGUGUCGUGAACAGACGCCGUGUUGGCCCCAGACAGUCUCCCUACACCCGGAUAAUGGCUGGAUGGAGGUCGAGCUCGAAGGUUCUUGUUUGAGCUGUUGCGCUGGAAGAGGACUACCAGAGAAGAACUGAAGGAUUGACAAGUGAAGGAAACAGGAUGUAAUAACUAACCGCAGAGCAGAAUGUCAAGUGGAACAAAAGAGACUUCUUGUUGUUCUGCGACUCUCAGAGAACUGAACUAACCAGCAGCUAACCCGGCUAACGCUAGCCGAGUUAAAUCUAGCUAACAUUACGGUUUGAAGCAUCUUUGCUAUCUUGUUCGCUGAAUCAAUCCUCUCUGACAUUUACUCGCCAUGGCAGCAGUGGUUAGCUACUCUCCACCGUGGUGGGUGAAUCUCCUGCACAGACUCCCACAUUUCAACCUGAAGUUUGAGCAAACGAGCAGUGACUUCCAACCCGAGGACUGGACAUAUCAACAGUCCAUCCUGUUGCUGGGAGGUUUGGCUCUCGCCUGUCUGGCCCUGGACCUCUUGUUUUUGUUAUUCUAUUCCAUCUGUCUGUGCUGCCGGCGGAACAAAAACCAAGAGCAGCCCGGCGCUGACUGCUGCUGCACGGCAUGGUGUGUCAUCAUCGCCACACUCGUCUGCAGCGCUGGCAUUGCUGUCGGUUUCUAUGGGAACGGUGAGACUUGUGAUGGAGUGAACCGGGUGACGUAUUCCCUGCGCCAUGCGAACCGCACAAUCACUGGGGUGCAGAAGCUGGUUUAUGACAGUACAUCCUCACUGAACCAGACUGUAGAUGACAAUCUGCAACAGCUUGAGGGCCAGUACGCACAGCACGCCGACUACCUGUCCAUCAUCCAAAAGCUGCAGGGCCAGCUGGACGAGCUGGUCAGACAGAUGGUGGAGAUUCCCUUCUGGGACAAUACCAACAUCUCCCUGGAGGAGCUGGCUGUCAAGAUUGAGCUGUAUGACUGGUACAGGUGGCUGGGCUACAUAGGCCUGCUUCUGUUCGAUGUCCUCAUCUGCCUCCUGGUGCUGUUUGGCCUCAUUCGCAACUCCAAAGGAACACUCAUAGGUGUGUGCUUGUUUGGUGUGGUGGCUCUGGUAAUCAGCUGGGUCUCCCUGGGGCUGGAGUUGGCCGUCUCUGCGACCUCCAGUGACUUCUGUGUUGCCCCUGACAUGUAUGUCACCAAAGUGGUCAACCAGUACGCAGUUAUCAAUCAAGAUAUACUGAAGUACUACCUAAGCUGCAGUAUGGAGCAAACCAACCCAUUCCAGCAGAAGCUGUCCGGGAGCCACAAAGCUUUAGUGGAGAUGCAGGAUGACGUAUCCGAACUGCUGCGCUCGGCCACCAGAGAGUAUAAACAAACCGAGGGAAGUUUGGAGGAGAUCCAGGGGAUACUGAACACCACAGAAAUCAGUCUUCAUCAGCUCACAGCCCUGGUGGACUGUCGCAGCCUUCACAUGGACUACGUCCAGGCCAUGACAGGACUGUGUUAUGAUGGACUGGAAGGCCUCAUCUACCUCGUCCUCUUCUCCUUCGUCACCGCUCUCAUGUUUAGCUCCAUCAUUUGCAGCGUGCCGCACACCUGGCAUGGCAAGAGGGGCGACGAGGACAGUGAGGAUGAGUCUCUGAGCCACGGGGGGAGGCAAAACCAUGAUAAUCUGUACCGGGUCCACAUGCCCAGCCUGUACAGCUGUGGCAGCAGCUACGGCAGCGAGACCUCUAUCCCUGCUGCAGCCCACACCGUCAGCAACGCACCUGUCACUGAGUACAUGGCGCAGAAUGCCAACUUUCAGAACUCCCGCUGUGAAAACACACCUCUGAUAGGACGAGAGUCUCCACCCCCCUCUUACACCUCCAGCAUGCGGGCCAAGUACCUGGCCAACAGCCGACCAGACCCCAACAGCCGACCAGACCCCAACAGCCGACCAGACCCCAACAGCCGACCAGACCCCAACAGCCGACCAGACCCCAACAGCCGACCAGACCCCAACAGCCGACCAGACCCCAACAGCCGACCAGACCCCAACAGCCGACCAGACCCCAACCACCCCCCAGCAAUCUAGACUAACACUGGACUCGUCCCUGAGGUCUGUCAGCCAAACACUCCCUCACCCUGUCUGCAGGCUGUUCUCUCUCAUUGAUGGUUUUCAGUGGCUUUCCUCCGCACCACUUGACUUGCAACAGGAGACCAAAUGUGCUUUAACUGCUCGGUUGAAGCAAAAACAUUGAUUCUCGUCUCAUCAAACCGGAGUGCUCAUGAUUUGUAUCCUUACGCCACUAUCCUCGGCUGACGUUUAUAACUGUAAGAUUUGCCGCCUGUGCUGGGAGUCCCUCUGUACCUCUGAUGUGAUACAGCCUGAACUGAAGUUUACACCCCGACAAAUUCUUUAAGACAUUUCCACAACAUGAGCAUCGUCGCCGCGUUGAGGACUCUGGGAGUGCUCAUGCACUGACACCGAUGACUACUGGUUGUUUGAUUUUGUAAAGUACUGUACUGCACUCUUUCAUCGCUGUGGCAGAGGAACAGAAAAUGCCUUACACGUAAAUAUGAGAGGAACAAACUGUCCUCUCUCCACCAGACUUUAUGUCUCACGAUAAACAAAUCAAACGGUUGUAGAAUAGACUCCAUUCACAGCACUCCUUAUCAGUACUCUCUCUCUCUCUUCAGCUUGUGAAACUUGAAAUGCAAACACUUCAAUUUGCUUAAUUCUCCAGUUAAUGUUGCCAUAUUGUACAUUUCACAUGCACAUGGUCUUGUAUUUGCAUUUCCUCUUGAAUCAGAUGUCUGGGACCAGGUGGCCUGCAGUCCUACAGGUCUAAAUCUGACUCUUUGUGUUUUUUUGAGGACACAGCUUUUUUUUUGUCCUAUGGCAUUUUUUUUUUUUAAACACACUGAUGAGCCACUAUUCCACAGCAGCGGCUGUGUCUUGUGAAGCUGUGAACUUAACUCUGGCACAUUCCCCUGGAGGAUCUGAUGAGGACAAAGAUGAACUGUGUGAUGGAAGUGAAGCUCUUUAAAAAGAAGAGUCUCAGCGGGAUGAUGAUGAUGCAAAUUUGAUCUCCGUAUGAACAAUCGUCGUGAGUUUGCUGAGGAGUUUUUAUACCACUGGAAGCAAAAGCUUUUUUACAGCCUUUUGAAGACGAUGGUGAAGGUUGUGCAAGAUGUCUUCUGCAGCAUUCCUUCUAGAUUUUCAAUACUUCGCCUCUUCACUUGACUGCUUGUUAUUCCCUCCAUGUACUGCUUAAGCUGGAGAGCCUCAUCUCCCUUAACAGAGCAGGAAUUGUCCACUCUCACACUCUCACACACACAUCCUUUACUCUGCCCGGAAAUGAUCGUCUCUAUAAACCUCAGCGGUCCACACUUAUAAAUUCCUCUCAGCGAUUAUUCCAACGAGAAUCUUAAUGCAGGUUUAUGUGAUAAAUAUGAAAAGUGCAGCUUCUCAGAGAAUUUUAAAGUGAAACUUUUGUGCAUUGGAAAUGCAUGUCUGUGAAGAUUCUGCAGUGCAGUGUGUAAAAAUGUGUUUUAGCAUUUAUAAGGACUUAGAUCUGAGUGAGUGGAUGCUGUGAAGGGACUGUGAGGAUCUCUCUGCUGAUUUUCCUGAUGAAGCACAGCGAUCUCUUAAAUAUGGAGCGGGAUGUUCGUACUCCUGCAGUUCAACUCACUUCUCAAAGAUUUUGACCUGAUUUGUGAUGGCGCGAACACGUUAAGCACAACCUUAUUUCUAUCUGUACCCCUUUAUCAUGUCUCCAGUUUUAGACCACUUAGUCAGGUUUGAACAGACUUCUUCAGAUGGUCUCACUCUGUAAACAGGAUUACACUGAUGCAAUUUUAUUUUUGGAAGUAGUCAAAUUAUUUUCGUCGUUCGUCAUCGCGGCUCUUGUACAGAUCUUAAAAAAAUUGCAAAAUGAAGAAAAAGAAGUGUCUGACAUUUGUUUUUAAUUUCUCAACAAGCUUAUUUCACUUUUAUUUUCUUAUUUGAUUUUCUUGUAGUUUUUUAUUUCAUUUUAGACACUGUAGAGGCACAGUGUGUUGCUUCAGUAAUGUGAAUAUGGUAAAUAGAGUUUUAAUUUCUCAUUGAGUUUUAUUCUGAAAAAAAAAAAAACUGUAGAUGUAAUUUUAUUUCUUUUUUACAUCCUUUUUGCAAUCUCUAAACAUGUGUACAUGUAAAACCUGUGGUUAUAUUGAGCUUGAAUGCCGUGUUUUAAAAUUAAACAAACUUUAACUGUU